AUGGGACCGAUCUCUCGCUUCACGGCCUUGUAUUUCGAUGAAGAGAUCGACCCAGAAGACGCAGACAGCAGCAGUGGUGGUGAUAACGGACACGCUUCUUUUUCGGGCCUCAGCGGUGGUGGACGGAGAGCAAUCACCGAUGCCGCUGGCAAUGACAGUGAAACCGUCUCGCCUCCUGUCUGUGGAGGGGGCCCCGCAGAUGGCCGAGGAAGGGGUUUGUCUUCCGCUUCGGGAACGGGUACGCCGAAAAGUGACCGAUUGGGCCGCUAUGAGCUGUCGCCCUCUCGGCAUCACCACAAGCGGGCACGUUUGCGGAGGCGAAUAGAUCACGAGGCCGAUCUGCUGGAGGUUGUGAAGGUCACCCGGCAGGCUGUGGGCGAGCAGAGGGAGGCGGAUCAGGAGGCACUCGCCGGAGUUGAGCCUGCGUGCUUCAUGAACGCCAAGGGCACUCCGAAGACGCCGAAAAAGGAGAAGAGGCCUCCUCUGGUCAUCGAACUCCUCCCCACCUGCUGGAGAAUCCGGACGAUCUCUACGGAGAGGCUACGGCACGGUGACGGACACAAGAAGACGGCCAACCUACAGUACUGUUUUGCCUCGAGACAGAUCAUGCUGGAUCUUGACAACGGCCGGUUUCCCCUGGCACUCAUGUGGGCGCUUCCGGAGGUGAUGCAAGAGGCAGGGACCGUUAUCGCAGAGAUCCACGACCUUCGAGGCAAUGCCUUGGACGCAGGAAACCCUUCUGUAGGCACGACGCUGCUGCAACCUUUUGGCGAGGGUAUCUGUCCGAAGGGCACGCACCACCCGCCGGGGCUCGGGCAGGGCCCCGGGCAGGGGGAGCGGUUCGCGAGCGACGGCAGUUACAUCGCCAGCGGUGCGAACACUGGUGCUGGCACGAGCCGAGGUAAGAGCCGGAGCGGAAGCAACAGCUGCGCGGCGGAUGGUGCAGCCGAUGCUGUUGAUGUUGUCGAUGCUCGGGAUUCGUCUGAGGGCUCUGUGCACCAGCCACAGCAGCUUGGUCGAAGUGACAGCCCUAACCGUGGUCAGGACGGUUCUUCGGACCGUUCUUCGGACCGCCGCUUGACCAUCAUCGUCCCGGGGGACAAGGCGGGGCUACGACCGCCGCCGCCGCCGCCGCCGCUGCAGGCAACAGCGAGCGGCGGCCACCACCUGUUUCCCGAAAAGAAGAGCCCGAAAAGCGUCUCCGCUGUUUUUAGCGCGGCGUCGAUCGCCACUAGCGCCCCGAAACGAUCACCAACACCGCCUCUCCUGCUGCUGUCGCCGGGGAGCGUCGAGGAAAAGCCUGGGGUGGGGGUCGGUUUGGAUGAUUCCGCCGCCGACGGGGAUGCGGGGGAACCGUCACCGGUUCGGGUUGCGCCGCCUCCUCCACCGGGGUCCGUGACGCUCGUUAAGCCUCGCGUGAAGCGCGUCAGGCUCAAGGUAAGCCGAGGGGUGUGGAUGGCGUCGGUAUGGGAAGCCGUGGUGGAAGCAGCUAGGAGGGCGGAGUCUGCUAAGGGUGCUGUUGCCGCUGCUGCUCAUGGCGAUGGGGGCACGCACGGGGAGGACGAAGGCACCCGGACGGGGGGCGGCGGCAGCGGCGGAGCGGGCGCAAGCAGCGGCAAGGGGAAACGGCCAAAGGCGGUGGUCGGAGGCAAGACCAUCGGGGUCAAGCACCUGGCAGCAGGGGGCGGAAAGCAGCCCAAGGGCAAGACUGUUGCUGCAGCUGCCGCCGCUGCUGCGUCACCUCUGGCUGACAAGCUUUCGGGGCAAGGCAACGACGGCAACAACCCGUGGGCAGCGUGCACGGCAAAAGAGGAUGCCAAGGUUGCUGGAGGGGUCGCGGAGAGCAGCCCCGCGGCGGCAGCGCAAGCGAUAUUCGGGAGGGGGCCCGCGACGGACGUGGCUCUGGGCGCGGAAGCUCUUAUCCUGCAGGCUUUGGUGCCUUCUACAGAAAUUUGUCUGGAACCCAGCGUGGACGUGUCUAGGCUGGCAACCAUGGUCCGGGGGGAGGGCACCGCGAGAGCAGACGGGGAAGGCGGCGGUGGAAACUUGACGUUCCGCUUCGAGAGACACCACUACCGUCUGCUGGAAACCCUUGCCCUGCCGGGGGUUGAGGAUGCGCCGGACGAGGAACAGUUCUUCCUCGGGCUGGGCGCGAAACGCCUCGGCAAGAGCACGAAGCGGAGUGCUACCGGCGACCGUGCGGCGAAAUCUCCGGGAGCAGGCGGCGGCCGGAGCGGGGUGACGAACUACCCCGACGAAACACAUCCCAACGGUCAUACCAGCAACCCCAACGGCAUGAUGAGGAUGAACACCCCGGAGGCGUCGGCUAGUAGCGGGGACGGAGGCUGGGGUGGCGGGCUGGGCCUAGCGGACAGGUCGCAAUCGUCGAUCGCGGCAACUGGUGGGGUAGGCGCCACGUCUACGGCGGUCGUUGGGAGCGGCGGCGGCAGCGGGGCGAGGAGGAUGAAAGGGGGCGGCAGCGUCUUGCUCGGCGCUCCGCGGCAGCAGGUCUCGCAAGGUGGUCUGGAGUCGGCUAUUGCCGCCGCCGCCGCCGCCGCCGGUGGUGGUGCAGCCCGCAGCGGUGUGCGUUCUGCUGCUGAGAUGGCGGUCUCCGCCGUUCUAGGGUGGGAGAAAGGGCUAAACGCUGCUGCUACUGCUGCUGCGGCGGCGGCGGCCUCGUCUGGGUCGAAGAAAGUAGUGCCCCUGCCAACCUCGAAGGCCUUGAACAACUCGGUGGGGACGGAUAAGAGUGGCAAGGAAAGGAGCGACGAGGCCAAGAGGAGGGCGAAGAAGCAGCAAGCAAAAGAAGGGCCCGGUCAUCCCAAAAGAAUGAUCGCGGACGGAUCGGCGGCGGCCUUGAGCACCAAAGCGGCGGAGGCGUUGAUCAACGACGGUAUGAAGGGGCUAGCCGUCCAUCCGACGCCACAGGCACCGCGGGAGGACGACGACAGGAAGAAGCAAACCAAGAAGAAGCUGGCGGCGGCGGCGGCGGUGGCGGCGCCGACAAUGACAACGGUGAAGCGAAAGACGAGCGUCAAGAGCAAGAAGAGGCUGGAGGAGGAGAGAGCCGUCGCGUUCCGAACGGUUCACCGGACGCUGCUGUCCCCGGUUACACACUUGUCGCCGGCGAACGGCGGCCGGCCGCACGAUCCCGCCGUCUUCACAAAGUUCGCCAAGCCAGCCGUGGAGAAGGCGAAAGCUAUCGAUCGCAACAACUGGAACACCCUGGCGCAAGAGCUGGCGAGAGGCUCGGAUGACGCAGCGGCCGCCGCUCACGACAGCAAUCAGACCGGCCGGCUAACGGUCGCGGCGACGGAGGAGAGACUGAGACGGGGCCUUCAGCCGGCCCACCUCGCUGGCGAACAGCAGCAGCAACUACAGCAGCGUCGAAAACAACAGCACCAGCAGGACAGCUUGGUGGCGGGUCGCGAGGUCCAUGAUGGCGAUGCGAAGGCGAUCAAGACCAGUCCUGAUGCGAUGAUAACCCUGAGGGUUUCGACCGCCAGCCCGAGCAAUGACCAGCUACCGCGGCCACCGGUGCCAUCGCCGAGCCACCAGCAAGAGUACCAACGGCCUCCGCUGCAGCGACGGCAGUCUGGUUCUAACGAUGGCCAGCCUCCCCUCCUGCAAACCUCAAUAGAACUCCCCCAAGAGGGUUUCUAUCAGAUCGGAGGCGGUUCUGGUUUCUCCCUGGGGCAGCACAUCGCCGGUCGCAACCCCGCCAGCCCGAUCGCGGCCUCCGCCUCCUCCAGGACGCCAGCGAUCUCCAUCUUUCGGUCGGUUAACCCCGCAGCUCCAACAGCAACAGCAGCGGACGGUGGUGACGCCUGA